GAUCUGUGCUCUUGUUUCUCCUCAACCUCACUCGAUUUUUAUCGAUUCUGUAAAGUGUAACAAAGCAUUUACAGUCCAGAAAAGCUCGUUGCCAUUUCCAUUUCCAUUUGUUGGAGGCGAGCGCGCAGGAAGCAAGGAAGGAUAGAGGCACUCGUCUAAAACGCUGUUCCGAAGUUAUUCUUCAUUUCUACCUCGGUCUCUUGUAAUCUCCUCCUCCUCAGCGUUGCUGUUAUAUGCUUGCUGUCUUCUCUUCGGGAUCUGCUGCAAAGCCCGUUCCGGUGAAGCCAUCGAGGAGCGUCGGUGAUUUGUUCAGAUCGAUGAUAUACUUGUUGCUUGUGGAACCAUGUAGAUUUGGGUGUUUGGGUGGAAAAUGUUGGUUAGGAUUUGGGAAAAUAAUAUUAGGUGUUCAGGUGGAGACAAGAGAAUUCUAUAUUAUUGUAGGUAUAUUAUAGGAUGUGUACUUUAGAUAUUCUAAUUUAUAUCUAUAUUCUGUUUGUCCUUGGAAAAUUUCUAUUUUUUUUCCGUAUUACAAUCCUAGAUAGUUUUAAAUAAGAAACCCUAGAUCUAUAUGCGCCAUCCCUUUUGACUUCGACUCAAAUCGCUUCCUCGCACCAAUAAAGCUCACCUCUCCCGUCGCAAGAACCCUUCCCGUCGCAAGAACCCAAUGCUGUUGGCAUCCUUAUGUGUGAUUUCUAUCAUCAAGAAACACUACCACUAGGCUCAAGCGUUUCUUGGAGCCACUUCAGCCGGAUCGCUGCUAGUUCAUGUCGUCAAUUUCCUCGACUAACAUCAUUGGUGUAAGCUGCAUGAUUUUGAAGUUCAGGUGUGCCCCUCGUACCUCGAUCUUUGGUACAUAUUAUCAGUCAAAUUAAAAACCCUUCAGGUUCCAAGCCAGACAAUUGAUUGAGUAUAUUUUCUUCUUCUGCUUCAAGUACAGAUUUAUACCACCCCAUGGGUGUGGCCUUACAGAGAUCAAACUGGCACUAUAUUUGUUAAAUCCUGUUAUUUUAUCAAACAAUUAUGAAUUGUGCAAAUAUUGCUAUCCAUCUUCUUCUUUUUCUCUCCAGAUUUUGUCAUACUGAACACUUAUUGGACCUCAAUUGGGGUUUUGAUUUUGCUACUCGAGAUCUUAUCCAGAUGACUCUGCGUGAAGUGUUGUAUACACACACAGGAUUUGCUUCAAUUACAGCUAUCUAUCUGAUAUCUAUCCUUGACCAAAGCAAGCUAUCUAUUGUGCCUGAGAUUUUGGUAGGAGCAGUCAGAUUUGUUCUCAACUGAAGACAUGACUUUAAAAUCUAGUAGAUGCUCAAAGCGGAUCUACAGAGAACCUCUUUUAUACCGGAAGAAGGAAUUCAAAUCAUCUGUAAUAAAAUUUGUUGAUUCAUCCUUGAACUCGAAUUCACUGCCUACCAAUAAUAUUUGUUCAACUCCUGCUUCAGAAGAUGGUUGCCAUUUGAUUAAACGGAGGAUGGAUGAGGAAUAUAAUUCCCUUCUGACAAAUGGAAAUAUGAGAGAGACUACAACAAGAAGCUUCACAGCUUCUGAAUAUAACUCAUCUCUUGUACAAAACAGUGAUGGCGAAUCACUUAUGGUUUCUUCAAGUGUAGAGAUUUCAAAUUCUGGAGCAAACACUGUUGAAUAUACAAGAGACUAUGAAGAACAUGCAGAAGCUUCUGUGCGAAACUUUUUGACAAACUCAGCAGGGUCAAAUUCUAAUGUUGAUAAUGGACAGCCAUCAUCCACAUCAAGCAUGCCACCUUAUAUCAAUCACAGGAUUAAAGAUGCUUGGGAGGGUUCAUCGUCUGAUGCAAAUGCUGCGAAACCAGUAACAGAGUUAACAUCAGCGAGGGACAUUUGCAUCUCCAUCCUCAAAAGGGAUAUAUUCCCAACUAAAGAUUCAGAACCAAGACGACAAUCAACUACUACAGCCCCUGAUGAUAAUGAAAUCAGUCCUUUAUUUGAAUGCAUGAGAUGUGGGUCGAUGGAAGAUCCAUCCAAAAUGUUAAUCUGUGAUUAUUGUGAAGGAGCAUUCCAUUUGUCUUGCUGCAACCCACGUGUCAAGAAAAUACCAGAGGAAGAGUGGUAUUGCAUGGUUUGUGAAAGAAAGAAACCAAAGAGGCAGCAUGAAAAGUUGAUGAGUCCCCAACGUGAAUUACCUAUGCACAUUCAAAGACCUCGCCGGGGUCUUCGUGCAAUUGAAGUUAUGUUGGUGGAUUCUGAACCAUAUGAAACUGAGGUCAGGAUUGGUAGAGACUUUCAAGCAGAAGUUCCAGAAUGGUCUGGUCCUAUUUCUAGCAAUGAAGAUCAGUUUGCUGAGCCUUCUGAACUUGAUCCUAGUGAAAUGACAAUGCUGGGUCGCUUACAAAUCUUUAAGGAUAAGAAAAACAGCGUCGGUAACUGGAUUCAAUGCCGAGAAGUCCUAGACACAGGAGUUGUUUGCGGCAAGUGGCGGAGGGCACCACUGUUUGUUGUUCAAUCGAGAGAUUGGGACUGUUCGUGUUCAGUUAUUUGGGAUCCUAUCCAUGCUGAUUGUGCUGUUCCGCAGGAAUUGGAGACUGAUGAAGUUCUUAAGCAACUGACGUACAUAACUAAGCUGAAAAAUCGGCUCGGUGAUAGCAAUCAGAAACGCUGAAAGAUAUUUUGUCUACAGACUACAGAGGAACAUACAGAUAAGAACUCUUGCACCAGUCCCGUCACAAGUCGGCGUUAAUACCACAGUUCAAUUUUCCAACACCCGCCUUCUUAUAAAGAAAAGAAGGGAAGACCAAAAGGUCGUUGCUGCUGGAGAAUUACACAAGAGAGAUCAAGACCGAAAUGUUUUCGUGUGUGAGAAAUCAAAACCUUAGGAUGUAUCAUGCAAAGCCUGAAGCCCUGAAUUUGUUAGUAUUAGGUGUAUACAGGUGACUCAGUUUUGUCACCUUCACUCCUGGGACUUUCAUGAGUGGAAGAAUGAACCACAAUGUAUAGUUUUUUUUUUUUUUAACGCUGAAUCACAUUGUAUA